AUGGAGGACGAGCAGCCCGACAGCUUGGAGGGCUGGGUGCCGGUCCGCGAGGACCUCUUCUCCGAGCCCGAGCGGCACCAGCUGCGCUUCCUCGUGGCCUGGAACGACGCGGAGGGCAAGUUCGCGGUGACCUGUCACGACCGCACGGCGCAGCGGCGGCGGCGCGAGGGGAGCCGGCCCGAGCCGGCCGCGUCCCCUCCCAGCUGGGCGGGCCUGCUCUCUGCCGCCGGGCUCCGCGGCGCGCACCGGCAGCUGGCGGCGCUGUGGCCGCCGCUGGAGAGCUGCUUCCCGCCGCUGCCGCCGGAGCUGGACGCGCGCGCCGGCGGGGCCUGGGGCCUGGGGCUCGGGCUGUGGGCGCUGGUGUGGCCGGCGCGCGCGGGCCUCGGGGACGCGGCGCUGCAGGAGCUGUGCGGGCGCCUGGAGCGCUACCUGGGCGACGCGGCGAGCGGCUGCGGCGGCGCGGCGGUGCGCGACGCGCUCUUCCCGGCCGACGGCGGCGCGCCCGACUGCGAGAGCCUGCGCGAUUUCCGGGAGAGGGCCCUGCGCGCGCGGUGGACCACGGCGGGCGCGCGGCUGCGCCAGGUUCUUCAGGGGCACGAUAAAGCCCACACCAUGGUAGCACUAAUGAAUGUUUAUGGAGAGGAAGAUGAAGCAUACCAGGAAUUAGUUACUGGGGCAACUAUGUUCUUCCAGUAUCUGCUGAAGCCAUUUAGGGAUAUGAGAGAAGUUGCAACUUUAUGUAAGCUUGGUAUUUUGAAAUCCUUGGAUGAGGAUGAUUUGGGUCCUAAGAGGAUAGUUGCCUUGCAGAAGGAAGCCAAAGAAUGGACCAGACAGGCUGAAGAAGCUAUAGUCUCUAUUCAGGACAUUACAGUGAAUUAUUUUAAAGAAACAGUAAAAGCAUUAGCAGGAAUGCAGAAACAAAUGGAACAGGACAAGAAGAGAUUUGGCCAGGCUGCCUGGGCCACAGCAACUCCCAGGUUAGAAAAACUCAAGCUGAUGUUAGCCCGAGAGACUCUGCAGCUCAUGAGAGCCAGAGAGUUGUGUUUAAAUCACAAAAGAGCGGAAAUUCAGAGAAAGAUGGAAGAUCUUCCAGAACAAGAAAAAAAUAUAGAUGUUGUAGAUGAAUUAGAAAUACAAUAUUAUGAAGUCCAGUUAGAGCUGUAUGAGGUUAAAUUCGAGAUAUUAAAAUAUGAAGAAAUACUGCUUAUAACGCAGUUGGACUCAAUUAAAAGGCUUAUAAAAGAUAAAGAGGAGGAAGUUGUCUACUACGACCCGUGUGAAAGUCCAGAGGAGCUGGGAGCCCUGGAUGGCGUGCCGGCGCUGCCGGGGGACAGGGGCGUGCAGGUGAGAGAGCUGAGCCGGCAGUACCAGCGUCUGGAGUCCCAGCGGGGCAGGGUCUGCGCCCGGAGAGCCCGUCUCAGGAACAGGCAGGAUCAGUGCAAAGAGAAUCAUCGGCUCCGACUGCAGUUGGCUGAAGAAAGUAGGAAACAUUUUCAUCAGCAUCAUAGUAUCCAGGUGAAAAGAGACAAAAUGAAAGAAGAGGAGCAAAAGAAGAGAGAAUGGAUAAACCAGGAACGCAAAAAAACACUCCAGCGGUUGAGAGCAUUUAAAGAGAGAUGUCCAGGUGGGUCUGUACUAAAGACCCCUUGCUCAGAACCUGCAGUUUCUUUUUCUCCGUCCACAAAUCACCAGAACUUACACUUGAGGACUCUAGUAACAGCCGAUGAGCCACGUCCCCUGGUGUGCGAAUCGUCCGAGCCGUCCGCUGGAAGAGCGCGUUAUUCCUCAGCUGGGCCCAUGGAUGAAGUGCUGGCCUCCCUAAGGGGUGGCACAAGCCCUCUGCGGCAGGUGGACGCGCCCGCUCUGACCCCUCCCCACGCCGCCUUCGACGAGCAGCUUCUGGCUGCCAUACGGCGGGGGGUCAAGCUGAAGAAGGUUCACUCUGGCCUCGGCCUGAGCGCCAGCAGCAAGCCGACCAGCGACCUGGAGAGAAGUAUCAAGGCGGCACUCCAAAGAAUCAAGAGAGUGUCCACCGACUCGGAGGAGGAGGACAGCGAGGAGCAGGGUCCUGGCGACGAGUGGGACCGCUGAGCCCUCUCCACCGCCGCGGGCUCCGGGCGCUUGAACGAGGUGCCGCAGGCCGAGACCUGCGCUUGAAAAGCCUGUGAACGGGGCCGUCAGCCACGGGACAGCCCGAGAGCCGAGCAGGGCUUGGCGUGAGGUUUGCAGCUUUUCUGGAAGGCCGUGGCUCUGGCCAUCAGGGCAGGAGGUCGAGGGGUGGUGACUUCCACACGCCAAACUGGAGUUGGGAUCUAGGAACCCACUGUAUUACUGGCGUAAGAGAAUAGCAUUGAUUUUUCACCAAGGAUUAUCUCGAAUCAUCCCCUUAUUCCGA